AACUCCAAAGGCCCGACUAUAUUGAUUGACUGUAAGUUGUAACCUACAUUCUCUGUAUAUCAAAGGUACUAUUCACUAGUAUUUCCGUAACAACAAACCAAAAAAAUUAAUGGAGAAUCAUGCUAAAGUGGCUAGCCAGCUGGAGCCAUGGCGAGAACUCACCGGUAAAGUGGUGAUGAUCACCGGCGCAUCAUCGGGAAUCGGCCGAGAAUUCUGCCUCGAUUUGUCCAGAUCUGGUUGUAGAAUCAUCGCCGCUGCUCGCCGUGUUGAUCGAUUGAAAUCUCUCUGCGAUGAGAUCAAUGGAUUCAGCUCAAACUCGAACGAGUCAAGUUUGAAUCAGGAAGUGCGAGCCGUAGCAAUAGAGCUUGACGUUAGCGCCAAUGGUCCGAUCAUUGAAGACGCCGUGCAGAAAGCUUGGGACUCCUUUGGACGAAUUGAUGCUUUGGUUAAUAACGCCGGUGUUAGAGGCCAAACCAUAUCUUUGCGUUAUCCACACAUCAAGGUUCAUCAGAGGCAGAACUGGGAAAAAACAAAGAAAAAUAGAGCAAGUACUGGGCUCUUGAAUUUAUGGAGGAAGCAUAAUUGAGCAAAAGGUAAUCUAAAAAAAUAAGCCAUUUGUAUCUUCUGGUGGAUAUUACUGUUUAUCACGUAGGUGAAAGGUUAUGUAGCAAAACGGAAAAAGAAAAAUAAUGCAACUAACAUUGCACUAUGUAAAAGUGUUGGAGCCUUGGAGCAAUGAUAAAGUUAUCUCCAUGUAGCAUAUAGUUCACGGAUUCGAGCCAUGAAAACAUCCACUAAUACUUGCAUUAAGACCAUCUCCAACCUAACACCAAUUUUGACACCAAACACCA